GGGGCCCGGGCGCACUUCAUUCAGCACGUGCUCGGGGCGUGGUGUGCGGAGGGCGUGGCGUGCGCGGAGGGCGCCGAGGCGGGAAAAGACGGAAUGGAGCGCCAGGGAAGCUGGCUGUGCUCGCAGGUGGCCGUGCCUCCCGUGGAGUUAAGGGACCAGGAACCGCCGGCGAUUGUGGAGAGCGGAGAGCAUCAGCAGAAUGAGAACCACGAGGAGACGCCUACCUCAGUGGCCCCGAGUGCCAGUUGCCAGCUGCCAGGACCCUUCUCCUCUCUGGAUUCUAGCAUUGAAACCCUGAAGAAGAAAGCUCAGGAACUGAUUGAAAACAUCAAUGAAAGCAGGCAGAAGGACCAUGCACUUAUGACCAACUUCAGGGACAGCCUCAAAAUGAAGGUCUCAGAUCUGACAGAAAAGUUGGAGGAGAGGAUGUACCAGGUGUACAGCCACCACAGCAAAAUCAUUCAGGAAAGACUACAAGAAUUCACCCAGAAGAUGGCAAAGAUCAGCCAUCUGGAAAUGGAGCUCAAACAAGUCUGCCAAACUGUGGAAACUGUGUACAAGGACCUAUGUGUCCAGUCUGAGGUUCCCACUUCCGAAGAACAGAAUUACAAAGAUGGUGAAUGCUGACUUCUGCUAAGAGGCUUCUGUCUCAAUGCCUUCUCACCAAGAGGAGGCACAGAGGCUACUGUUUGAACCAUGCUGAUAUUGUUUUUUUACAGUUCUGUAACCCAACACAAAGCCACCAAUGAUCUUUAUGCUAAUUACCAACAUGUGACAAGGUUAGACCCUGCCAUAGGCCUUGCCUUAGCAAAUUCUCCCAACCCACAUCUAUAGUUGAUUAAAUGUUUUGAUUUCACCCUGGUCAUACUUUAUUCCAGAGUUGGGAAGACUGAUGAUCAUCUAUGC